AAUUUUGCUAUCCGCUCGGCAAAGAAAUAACAUGUUUUCUAAUUUUCACAGAAUUUGUUAUUAAAUUUCAUAAGAAAUGUUGCGAAGUAUAGUGGGCGCAAUUGUGCAAAAGCACACCACCGCUCAAUGCAUUGUGCCGACCGUGCGUAUGUCCCAGUACGGGCCGCACUUCAUUGAACCAGUCGUCAGUAAGCAGAAAAUUGACGCGUUGCAGGAGUCAGAGGACCUCUCAAAGCUAUCUCAUGUGCCGAUCAAAGCUGCCCUCAACAACCAGAACUGCUCCGUUUUCUACGAUCCGUUGGUUAGCCAGUUCACAAAUUAUGUAAUGAAGCAGGGCAACAAGCAGCUCGCCCGGGAGCUGGUAGAAAAAGGCUUCGAAAACAUUAAGCGACUUCAGCUUGAACGGUAUCAUCUGGCGGAAUCCGAGGAAGAAAAAGCAAAAAUUGAGCUCAACCCGAGAACGCUGCUCCGCCAGGCGGUGGAAAAUUGUCGUCCUCUGUUGCAACUGACGCCGAUUAAGCGAGGCGGUGUGCGCUAUCAAGUGCCGGUGCCGGUAACUGAAAAACGGUCGUACUUUUUAUCCAUGAAGUGGCUGUUGGAGGCAGUUCGCGAAAAGGAACGUACAGUACACUUUCCGGAGAAGAUGGCAUGGGAAAUACUGGACGCCGCCGCUAACCAAGGCAAAGUAGUAAAGCGAAAACACGAGUUACAUCGUCAGUGUGAAGCUAACCGAGCCUAUGCUCAUUACCGAUGGAGCUAAACAGGUGAUCCGGCAAAGGAGCGACAAGCAUUUUGAGUCUUGGUUUUCGGAAUCAGUAAAAAGUAACAUAUAUCUAACGAUUUUCGUGCGUUGUAUUUAUUUCUUGAAAGGCGCCACUAGCUGUCCUCCGGCAAGAACCGAAAGAACGUUAUUUGUGGUUAUAGCAAGCAUAUCCUGCAGGCUUUGCUUCGUCGCCGUUCCA